AUGAAUCGUUUAUUAUUCUCUUGCAUUACACCUCGUAAUGGUCAAGCAAUUCAUACCAUCGGCAUAAAAUCUUUUCAAUUAUUUUCGUCAAAUCUUUCUCAACAAUAUUUAUCUGUAAUACGAUUACCGUCCAUUACAUCAUUCACACUUUGUCGAAAAUAUGCAUCUGUGCCUCGUCCAAAAAUUUCUGAGGUAACAAGUUCCGAUACAUGGAUUGCUAGUUCAACAUCACCAAUAAAAUCGAAUGAAAAAAUAAAUAGCAAUAUUAUUGAUUUAACAUCAUCGACAACAACAACAACAUCACAACCAUUUUGUGAUCCACCAAUAAAAACUGAUGAUACUGAUUCAAAACAUACAUUUAAAGAAACUGAACAAGAUGUUGCCAUACUUCCAUCAGACUUAAAUAAAAAUACACAUGUUUCAGUAAGGCAAUUAUGUGAUUAUUAUACAAGAUUAUCAAAGAAAAAUCUCACUAUUCUUGUUGCUUCAACAGCCGCUUAUGGUUUUAUUGUAGCACCACUUCCAACUAAUAUCCUAUCACUUGUUUGUGUUACACUUGGAACAGUUUUAACAUCUGCUUCAGCUAAUACAGUUAAUCAACUUAUGGAAAUUCCUUAUGAUGCACAAAUGAAACGUACUCGUAAUCGAGUACUUGUACUUGGUCAAAUGAGUUAUCGACAUGCUAUUGGUUUUGCUUCUGUAACAUUGAUCUCAGGUGUCACUAUUCUUACAUUAGCUUGUAAUCCUUUAACGGGUAUUUUGGGAUUAUCGAAUUUUUUACUUUAUACAUGUGUUUAUACACCAAUGAAACGAAAACAUAUUAUUAAUACUUGGUUAGGAUCCAUUGUUGGAGCAAUACCACCUGUUAUGGGUUGGACAGCAUGUACUGGUUCAAUUGACUCAGGCGCUCUAUUACUUGCUUUUCUACUUUAUGCAUGGCAAUUUCCACAUUUCAAUUCUUUAAGUUGGAAUAUCCGACAAGAAUAUGAUCGUGCUGGUUACAAAAUGAUGUGUGUAUCUCAUGAACGAUUAUGUUUAGUAACCUCUCUUCGUUAUUCAAUUAUGAUACUUCUUACAUGUUCAGUAAUUGCACCAGCUAUUGAUAUGACAACAUGGUUAUUUGCUUUCGAUACAUUACCUGUUAAUUCGUAUUUAGUUUACCUAUCCUAUAAAUUCUAUCGUAAUCGUGAUGCACAAUCAUCAAGAAAACUUUUUCGCUAUAGUCUGAUACAUUUACCAUUAUUAUUUACACUUAUGGUUAUUCAUCGGCAAAUCAAAACACAAAAUCAGUCAACACCAAUGCCGACACAAGAACUAGUACCCGUACCUAUGUGA